AUGCGAUUCUCAUUUGUGUUGAUCCUGGGCGCUCUCGGCUGUGUCCUGCUCCUGGGCAGAGGUGCAUCUGGCACCUCGGAGGUCACCACGACGUCCACCACAAACACAACCACUGCGGCUUAUGCAGCCUCCGAUACCGCCAGCAGUAAUAUCUCGCGCUCCUUGGCCUCCGAAGAUACCAUCUCCGCCUUCACCUCGAGGACGGGCAAGAAUUCUGAAACAGAGAAAGCGGAGGAACUACUCAAGUUCCUGAACUGGCUUCGGGAACGGCGGGAGGAGCGGGACCCGGGUCACGGAUCAAACUCGGAGAAAGGCGAGAAGAAGCAUCCCCAAACCCAUCGCGGUGAACGGGGGCAGGAAAAAGAGCAUCGCAAUCGUGGGGCUCGGGGUAACGAAAAGAAAGGCGAGAAGGAUCAUCGCCUGGGGCACAAGAAGAAGGGCGAAAUAUCUCACCAUACCGAAUAG